AUAUAUUAUUAAUAGUACCGUCAAUCGGUAUACAUAUUACUAUAGAGAAAACAUUUGCUGGUUUUAAUUCAUAUACAUUUUUACCUUGGGAUACAAUAGAAGAUUUAUUUAUCAAUGAAGUAAUUAUAAGACAAAGAGUCUUGUAUUAUUUGACAUUUAUAGUGAAGGAAUCAAUUAAUGGUAGAAAUCAAAUAAGAUUGGUUCCUUUAUUCCAAGAUCUUUUACCUGAGAGAAAAUGCCUGGAGUACAUAUACAUAAAAUUAGCGAAUUUGAUUGGCUUGAACAACAAGAAGGAUCUACAUUAACUGUACCUGGGUCUUAUUGGCUAUGUUAUAAAAAUAAUAUUUAUAAAUUCACUUUUAAGUAUCAUCGUACAAUUAGGAAUUCUAAGGAAUUCAUCUAUGGAAAAGAAUUAAUGAAAAUAAUUAGAAGAAUUAUAAAAAGUCAACCAUGUCAAGGGCAACAGUUUCGUACAAAACAUAUUCUUGUAACAUACAAUCAUACAUCAUGGACACGCCAGGAUAAAAUGUUUGCAAUUCUUAAAUUUCAGAAACAUACAGAAGCUGCUACAGUUUCACGAGCAAUUGUACUUACUGUAAAAAUUUUUAAAGAUGAAAGCUAUAUGCCAGAUGGUAUGAUUAUUUAUUCAGAAACUGAAUCAAGAGCAAUUAAAUCUUUAAACCGUACUAGCAAAGAUAAUGGAAAAAAAAAUAUAGAAAGUGAAUGUAAGGUAGAUACAAAAACUUCAAAUGCUGAUGAAUUAAGAAUUAAUACUACGGAUACAAAUAAGCAUGUAAAUAAUUUAAGUUUAUAUCAUGAUCCAAAUAAUUUGACUUUAUCAAAUGUAAACAAUGAAAACAUAACAGAUAAAGGCAAUAUAAUAAAAUGUAAUAGGAAAGCUUCAUCGAAUGUUUCUUUAAUAAAUGAAUCGGUAAAUAUAGAAAACAAAGAUGCAUAUAAAAACAAAAACUGUUCGAUAUCAUUUAAGAAAAGAGAAACAGAAAAGAAUGAAUAUCAAAAUAGUAUAGAGAAAUUAUCUUUAUCAAAUAAGAUCGAAUUCCAAGAAAUAAUGCAACAUGAAGAAAUUGAAUUACAACAAAUGAACGAUAACUCGUCAAAUAAUAUAAUAAAUUCAAACGAUGAAGGCGUUAUAGAUUCUGUGAAUUUACCAUAUCAAUAUCUCAUCGAAAAAGAAAUAGAAAAUGCAAAAAAGAAAGUUGUUCGUAUUUCUUUGUUAAAUGUUAAUAAAUCGAUUUCAAUAAUUGCAAAUCAAGAAUUGAAUGCAGAUUAUACAACAAAAUCUGAAAAUAAGCAUAUUAAAAAAGUAAUGAAAGAAAACAAUGGAAAUAAUAAGAAUUACAUAAAACAUAAAGUUUCUGAAACAGCACCGAGUAAUGAAGAGCAAUGUACAAAAUCUACAAAAUAUCUUUCAGCAAGUUCGAAAGAAUUGAUAAAUGAUCAUGAUAAAGCAAAUAAAGAUCAUAGCAAAUCUAAAAGAAAUGGAGAAUUGGAAAAAAAAAUAGAUGAUAAUACAGUAAAAUCCUCCAAUAUUACUGAUUUAAUAAUGAAAGGUCGUAUGUUUAUGAUUCAACAGGAUCAAGACAUUGUAUCAGUUGUAGAACAAAAAACAAAAUCAGAUAUAGAUGAAGUUUUAGAAAAUUCAGAAAAAUUCGAAACUAAGGAGGGAGAGAAAUGUUUAUUAAAUUCUAGUUUGUUGAAAUUGGAAAAUUUGAUAACAAUGAUUGAAGUGCCAAAAGAAAGUAUUAAAAGUAAUAAUGAGAGUAAAAUUACAAUAAAUAAUAAUUUAUCCUCAAAUUCAAUAUUUAUAACAAAAGACUCUACUAAUAAUCAACACUUAGAAAUACCAAUAAACGUGAUGGAUUCCUCCACAUUUAUUAAUUCACAAAAUAUUGCUACAUCAAGCAAGUCGUUUAUUCAUAAUGAAAAACAUGAAUCUAAUAUGAAAAAUAUUGUUAUAUGUGAUGCAACAACAAAAUGUAAAGAAAAUGUAUUAGAAAAUAUUGAAGGUGAAAAAAAUAUUACUUCGGAGAUGCAAUAUUGGAAUAAUGAGUCUAUAAAUCUUUUUGAAGAAACAUCAAAUUCUUGUAAAAGACUUGAUAUAAAAGAUCAUUUAAUAACGAAUGUUGAACAUGAUUUAACUGUUUCUGAAGAUCAUAUAAAUAGUAACAAAUCUAAAGGUGUAGAAGCUACUAAUAAUUGCAAUGUUACUUUGAACAAUGUUUCAAAUGUUCCAAGAAUAAUUUCAAGUCAAAUUAUAACAAUAGAUGAAAUGCCAUUAGCAUUACAAAAUAUUGUCAAAGAAAAAUUAUCGAAACGUAAUACAUCUAUAAAUCAUAAAUCAAAUUUGCACGAUAGUUCAUCAGAUAUUACAAGAUUAACUUCAUCUAAUAAGUCAGCAAUACUAGAUGUAACGAAUAAAGUAGAAUUUUUGGAAACAGAAUCUUUAUCUAAUGUGAAAAAAUGUUUGACUCCAUCAUCUGAUAAUACCGUGAAAAAAUAUAAUAAUGCAUCACUUAUAUGUUCAAAUAUUGAAGAUACAAAAAAAACAGAAAUAUCACGUAAAAAAAGAAAAAAAUCAAAUGAUUAUGAUGCAAAGAAUCAAUCUAUUGAAACGGAAAAUAAUAAAACAAUACUAUCUACUCAAUGCAAAAUAUAUUAUCCAAAAAACAAAAGAAGACAUAGAAAAAGAAAAAAACAACAAGAUUAUAAAUACAAUACAAAGAUGAAAGUAAAAAUGAUGAAAAUGUCAACUCAUACGUCUGACGCAGUUAAAACAAAAAAUUCUACUUUACCAAGCAAAUUACAAGACAUUACAGAAGAAUUUUAUCAGGAUUUAAUGCAACAUGGUAAACAUAGUAAUAAUACUUUUGAUCAAAAAGCUUUGAGGCAUACAAGAUCAUUAUAUUUACAAACAGAUAUAAAAAAUGAGGAUAAACGCAUAGAGAUGUUAAAGUUUAUAGAAGAUAUUACAAGAGGUGUCAAAGUUGUUGUAAAACGUAUGAGUAUAAAAAAAUAUUAUCAGUAUUUUAGGAAAUAAUUCCUCAUUAGUCUACAUAAAUUAAUAAAUUGUAUUAUAUAGUAAAACGUCUAAAUGAUUGCUUAAGUAAUAUCUAUAUUAAUUGUAUUAGA